AUGACAACAACAAGAAGAAUAGAAACAAUGGCACCAAGAAGAAGAAUAGAAACAAUGACACAAAGAAGAAUAAUAGAAACAAUGACACCAACAAAAAGAAUAGGAACAAUGACACCAACAAGAAUAGGAACAAUGACACCAACAAGAAGAAUAGGAACAAUGACACCAAGAAGAAUAGAAACAAUGACACCAACAAGAAGAAUAGAAACAAUGACACCAACAAGAAGAAUAGGAACAAUGACAUCAACAAAAGGAAUAGAAACAAUGACACCAAUAAGAAGAAUAGGAACAAUGACACCAACAAGAAUAGGAACAAUGAUACCAAGAAGUAUAGAAACAAACAAUGACACCAACAAGAAGAAUAGAAACAAUGACACCAGCAAGAAGAAUAGGAAAAAUGACACCAAGAACAGGAAUGAUGACACCAACAAAAAGAAUAGAAACAAUGACACCAACAAAAAGAAUAGAAACAAUGACACCAAGAAGAAGAAUAGGAACAAUGACACCAACAAAAAGAAUAGAAACAAUGACACCAACAAGAAGAAUAGGAACAAUGCCACUAACAAGAAGAAUAGAAACAAUGACACCAACAAAAAGAAUAGAAACAAUAACACCAAGAAGUAG